UGCAUCGACACACCCAAGUUGCCCCCAUCGCUAAAAGUCUUUCUAAAAUCCGAAGGGAAAAAGAAGGCCAGCUGCUAGCCAGCGCACGUGACCGGGAAGGAAGGCACUCCCGCCCAUGACGGGAUGGGAAAACUAUGCCUGGGGCCGGCAUCUCUGGCUGCUGCAGGCAGGACUGAACACCACCGGAGCAGCGACGUCGGAUGGCCCUGGAUGUGGCUCGGUGCACAGAAGCCACUGGAUCCUUCUUCACUGUCUUCCUUGGUCCUCCAUGUGACACAAUAGCCACAAGUUCAUAGGAGCUUGAUGGUCUCCCAUUUCGAUUACGAGGAGCCUGGCUCCACCUCUCCGACCCCUGUAGCCAGUUCUUCAGUGGAAUCUCAAAGACCCGUAGCAGCCUGGACUAGAGGGCUGACCUGCACUGCCCACCAUAUUGAAUGCAAGAAGACUUGAUGAAGCCUUUCUUCCCAACCCAUUCCCAGAAAGAACAACUUAGAUGACAAUUUUUAAAAAGGUGACAACCAUGAUCUCCUGGGUACUCUUGGCCUGUGCCCUUCCGUGUGCUGCUGACCCAAUGCUUGGUGCCUUUGCUCGCAGGGACUUCCAGAAGGGGGGUCCUCAACUAGUUUGCAGCCUGCCUGGUCCCCAAGGCCCACCUGGCCCUCCAGGAGCACCAGGAUCCUCAGGAGUGGUGGGAAGAAUGGGUUUCCCUGGGAAAGACGGCCAAGAUGGCCAGGACGGAGACCGGGGGGACAGUGGAGAAGAAGGUCCACCUGGCAGGACAGGCAACCGUGGAAAACAAGGACCAAAGGGCAAAGCUGGGGCCAUUGGCAGAGCUGGCCCUCGAGGACCCAAGGGGGUCAGUGGUACCCCCGGGAAGCAUGGCACACCGGGCAAGAAGGGACCUAAGGGCAAAAAAGGGGAGCCUGGCCUCCCAGGCCCCUGCAGCUGCGGCAGUAGCCGAGCCAAGUCGGCCUUUUCCGUGGCGGUAACCAAGAGCUACCCACGCGAGCGACUGCCUAUCAAGUUUGACAAGAUUCUGAUGAACGAGGGUGGCCACUACAACGCGUCCAGUGGCAAGUUCGUCUGCAGCGUGCCGGGGAUCUAUUACUUUACCUAUGACAUUACGCUGGCCAACAAACACCUGGCCAUCGGCCUGGUGCACAAUGGUCAGUACCGCAUUCGGACUUUUGAUGCCAACACGGGCAACCACGACGUGGCCUCGGGCUCCACCAUCCUAGCUCUCAAGGAGGGUGAUGAAGUCUGGCUGCAGAUCUUCUACUCAGAGCAGAAUGGCCUCUUCUACGACCCUUACUGGACCGACAGCCUGUUCACCGGCUUCCUCAUCUACGCUGACCAAGGAGACCCCAACGAGGUAUAGACAAGCCGGGGUUGAGCCUUGAGGUAGGGACUAAGAGUCUGCGUGGGUGCCUGGAGGAAGAUCCCUCGACUGGGGCUGUGGACUGACAAUCUUGGGAUCUUUUAUUCCCAGGCAGGCCUCCUCUAUUGCUGCUUAAAAAAGAAAUCAUUAAAUCCAAGCUAUUGAUUCAUCUA